AUGUCUACCUGUAACUCCAAAGGAUUGGACAAUAGACGGAAGAGAUUCCCUCCCAACACGUCCAUCAGAAGAGCUUCCUUCCCAACACGUCCACCAGAAGAGCUUCCCUCCCAUCACGUCCACCAGAAGAGCUUCCCUCCCAUCACGUCCACUAGAAGAGCUUCCCUCCCAACACUUCCAUCAGCAGAGCUUCCCUCCCGACACGUCCACCAGAAGAGCUUCCCUCCCAUCACGUCCACUAGAAGAGCUUCCCUCCCAUCACGUCCACCAGAAGAGCUUCCCUCCCAUCACAAGAGCUUCCCUCCCGACACGUCCACCAGCAGAGCUUCCCUCCCGACACGUCCACCAGCAGAGCUUCCCUCCCGACACGUCCACCAGCAGAGCUUCCCUCCCAUCACGUCCACCAGCAGAGCUUCCCUCCCAACACUUCCAUCAGCAGAGCUUCCCUCCCGACACGUCCACCAGCAGAGAUUCCCUCCCGACACGUCCACCAGAAGAGAUUCCCUCCCGACACGUCCACAAGCAGAGCCCCCUCCCCCUCAACACGUCCACCAGAAGAGCUUCCCUCCCAUCACGUCCACCAGAAGAGCUUCCCUCCCAUCACGUCCACCAGAAGAGCUUCCCUCCCAUCACGUCCACCAGAAGAGCUUCCCUCCCAUCACGUCCACCAGAAGAGCUUCCCUCCCAUCACGUCCACCAGCAGAGCUUCCCUCCCAUCACGUCCACCAGAAGAGCUUUCCUCCCAUCACGUCCACUAGAAGAGCUUCCUUCCCAACACGUCCACUAGAAGAGCUUCCUUCCCAACACGUCCACCAGAAGAGCUUCCCUCCCAUCACGUCCACUAGAAGAGCUUCCCUCCCUCCCAUCACGUCCACCAACAGAGCUUCCCUCCAACUCGUCAAUCAGAAGCGCUUCCAUCUCAACAUGUCUACUAGCAGAGUCUGUGCCAAUAUCUCUAACAGACCUCUGUAA